UCGUGUAAAUCCAUCUCUUUUUGAUCUUCGAUCUUCAUUCAUGGCUCCUCUUCUCAAUCUCACCAAAAAAAUGCACCUUUUUUUCUACUUUCUUGUGUUAACGUCCACCUUCUGUACCGCCACCACCGUCGCCGCCCAUGACCGCCGUACGCUGCACCAACCUUUCUUUCCACAGGACGCUCCAAUCAUCCCUCCUGUUCAACCUCCGGCACAACCACCGGUUCAACCUCCGACUGCUCUUCCACCAUCAUCACCGUCGUUAAAUGUUCCUUUUUUAUCUACACCCACCACCACAACUCCACCAAAUGACCAGCCAUUCUUCCAGUCUUUCCCGGCUCCGCCACCUCCUCCGUCGUCGCCCUCUUCCUCCGCCUCUUUUCCGGCUAACAUUUCCUCCCUUAGCCUUCCCACCUCCCCCAAACCCAAACGGGUUUCCUCCAAACUCAUCCCCAUAGCCAUAACUCUUGGCAUUGCCGCCGUUGUUGUUCUUUCGAUUGUAGUCUUUUUGAGGAUUCAGAAACGAAGAUGGUAUCAUGAAGAUUCUCAGUCUUUUAGUGACGAAAAAGCUCGCAGGGUUGUGUUUGGUGGUGUUGGUGGUGGUGCUGGUAAUGGUGGCGGCGGCGGGAGCGGCGGUGGAAGUAAUAGUUAUAAUCGAAUACCGAAGCUCACUCGGCCGUCGCAAACCAGCUCGGAGUUUCUUUAUCUCGGUACCCUUGUGAACUCUCAUGGUGGAAUGGAUGCUACUACUACUACUACUACAACCGGUGGCCGUGAUAAUCGUGGUGAUGGGGAGUCAAGUUUGCAAAAAGUGGGUUCCCCGGAGCUCCGGCCAUUACCGCCGUUAAGUGGUGCUUGUGGAGGACGUAGUCAAACGAUUCUUCAUGGCGGUUUCGAGAACUCCGAGGUAGAAUCUAAAGACGAAGAAUUUGAGGAAUUUUACUCUCCGAAAGCAUCGGAGGGAGGUAGAUCCGGUUCACGGCCACCGUUCGCCGCCGCCGGAGCCACCGGUAACUAUCAGCCGCGUAGAAGUAUGGGGUCGGGUUCGUCUUCUUCCUACUCAUCGUCAAGUUCGGGUUCUCCGGCCAGGUCCAUUUCGUUGAGCAUUUCUCCACCUGUUAGCUUGAGUCCGAGGAAUUCAAGGAUGAAAUCGCCGGACCUUGUUGCAGUUCAAACCGCUCCUCCGCCGUCUCGCCCAGCUCCACCACCACCGCCACCGCCGCUGCCGCCGCAUCCUUUGAUGAUCCCUUCACCGGAUGUUGGUUUAAGCAAAAACAGCCUAGAGUCAUCACCCAGACUAUCAAACUCAUCGAACGACCAAAAUUCUCCUCCGUCGAAAAUCCCGCCGUCGAUUCCACCUCCGGCGACCCACCUACAAAUCCCAAGUCCCAAACUGCAACCACUGCUUAAUCCACCGGUUUUGAUCAAACCUUCAAGACCCCUACCUGUAACCAGUCACCAGCCGCCGUCUUCUCCGUUAGAAACGUUGCCGGAAAAUCUUGAAACAAACCAGAAAACCCCAAAACCUAAAUUAAAACCGCUUCAUUGGGAUAAAGUAAGAGCAAGCUCCGAUCGUGAAAUGGUGUGGGAUCAUCUCAAAUCCAGUUCCUUUAAAUUAAAUGAAGAGAUGAUUGAGACAUUAUUCGUUGUAAAACCACCAAAUGCUAGUAAUUCAAUGGAAAACUUGACAUUUAAACGUCCGAUUCUUCCCUCACCGAUAAGCCAGGAAAACCAAGUUCUUGAUCCGAAGAAGUCUCAGAACAUUGCAAUUGCAUUGAGGGCACUUACUGUCACAAUUGAGGACGUCCGUGAUGCACUUUUAGAAGGAAAUGCGGCUACACUUGGGACCGAGGUUCUCGAGAGUUUGUUGAAGAUGGCUCCAACGAAAGAGGAAGAGCGUAAACUAAACGAUCAUAAAGAUACUUCGCCUGUUAAGCUUGGUCCUGCCGAGAAGUUCCUCAAGGCUUUGCUUGAUGUGCCUUUCGCAUUUAAAAGGGUCGGUGCAAUGCUCUAUGUUUCAAAUUUUGAUUCGGAGGUUGAGUACCUCAAGCAGUCGUUUCAUACUCUCGAGGCAGCUUGUGAAGAACUUAGAAACAACAGGAUGUUCCUAAAGCUGCUAGAAGCCGUCCUCAAGACCGGAAACCGUAUGAAUGUCGGCACGAACCGUGGUGACGCCCAAGCCUUCAAACUCGACACCCUCCUCAAACUCAUCGAUAUCAAGGGCGCCGAUGGCAAAACAACACUCUUGCACUUUGUGGUUCAUGAAAUCAUACGAACCGAAGGCGCCCGUCUAACCACUAACCAAACCGCAAAACCUGGUCUUCAAGUUAUUUCUAGUCUCAGUUCGGACCUUUCAAACGUCAAGAAAGCCGCAGCAAUGGACUCCGAGGUUCUUAAUGGUGACGUCAGGAGACUCUCGAAUGGGAUUACUAAUAUCGCGGAAGGUGUUAGAUUGAUCGAUGGAACAAAAAGUACGAAAUUCUCAGACUCGAUGGACGAGUUCUUAAACAUGGCAAAAACGGAGGUGAUCAGGCUUCAAGAACAGGAAAGGGUUUCGGUUUCUUUAGUGAAAGAAAUCACUGAAUAUUUCCAUGGAAACUCAGCUAAAGAAGAAGCUCAUCCAUUAAGAAUCUUCAUGGUUGUGAGGGAUUUCCUAACUGUUCUUGAUAGGGUCUGCAAAGAAGUUGGCGGCAUAAACGAUCGGAUAACGGUGAGCUCCGGCAACAAAUUUCCGGUGAACUCGAUGCCGGUUUUUGACGGAUUUCAUGGAAGGCGGCAGUACAGUUCUUCUGAUGAUGAAAGCUCUUGCUCUCUGUAGCUGUUGUAGGUUAAUCUUUGUUGUAUCUAUAUCUAUCUAUAUAUAUAGAGAGAGACAAAUAUAUGUAGAUGAUUUUGGGUAGAUUUUGAACUCGAUAAGAACAAGAAAAUUGUGUAAAAAAGCUUUCUAACCCGAUAACGAACUUCGCUA